AUGGAUUUCGCAUCAUCAACUCCCAGUGGUAAUGCCGCUACCCCCGAAGAACAGCAGCAGGCCCUCGUACAAGGAAUCAACACUGUGGUGGUGCAGAUGCUUCAGGGACAAACCCGCAAGACUUGCUUUGACAAAUGUAUCGCUAAAAGCGGACGCUUCGUUGAUCAGCUUGGGAAGAAUGAGCAGAUAUGCUUGGCUAAAUGCAUGGAUCGCAUGUUUGAGUCCUACUCCAUCGUUACCAAGGCUUCCGCGGAGAUGGCACAGAAUUUGCAGAGUUCUUUGGAUCAGGAUCAGCAAUCCAACUCCUCUAGUUUCUUGUAG